GUAGAGACUGUUGGAAGAGAAGCAGCGGUUUCAUUUAGAGAGAGCCUGUUUUACACAGCAGCGACCCAGACUUAUGUGACUACUCCUCCUCAGGAUUCACGCAGACCCGCUAUUCACUUGCAGUAGUUAGUAGAAAACAAAGUAAACAGCAACACUGCGGCGGCUUGUCGCAACACUUUGCUUCCUUUUUUUUUAAAAUCUGAGACACAUUAUAAGUUUUAAAUGCAACGCUGUUUGAUAUAUGAGAAAACGAUGGCAGCCGAGACGAGGAACGGCGGGACUUCACUGAACAACAAUAACUGCAAAGACCACCGCAGGAGAAAGCUGCUGGUCGGUGUGGACCUCUUCUGCUUGUUUUUAGCCGGCCUGCCUUUCUUGGUCAUUGAGACCAGUGCUGUUCAGCCUUACCGUAGAGGGUUUUACUGCGAUGAUGAGUCCAUCAAGUACCCAGCCAAAAACGGAGACACCAUUAGCGACGGUGUGCUUAGCGCUGCUGGCAUUCUUAUCACCAUCCUCUCUAUCAUCGUCGGAGAGAGCUACAGGAUCUACUUUCUGAACGAGGGAUCCAAGUCUUUUGUAGGGAACCCCUACAUUUCUGCUCUUUACAAGCAGGUUGGAGUGUUCAUCUUUGGUUGUGCCAUCAGUCAGUCCUUCACUGACAUUGCAAAAGUGUCAGUGGGCCGCAUGCGCCCACACUUCCUUGAUGUGUGCAAACCUGAUUUCUCCACUAUCAACUGCUCCCUGGGCUACAUCACUGACUACCAGUGUCAGGGGCCAGAGAGCAAAGUUCAAGAGGCCAGGAAAUCUUUCUUCUCUGGACACGCAUCAUUCUCCAUGUACACCAUGCUUUAUCUGGUGUUUUACCUGCAGUCUCGUUUCACUUGGCAUGGAGCCCGCCUGCUGCGCCCUCUGACCCAGUUCACCCUCAUUAUGAUGUCUUUCUACACCGGCUUGUCCCGCGUCUCUGAUCACAAGCACCACCCUACUGAUGUCCUAGCAGGUUUUGUACAGGGAGCCCUGGUGGCUUACUGCAUAGUAUUCUUUGUUUCAGACUUGUUCAAGCCCAAAGGUAGACGUUCUACUCUAUUGCCAACCCCGGUGAAGAAAGAUCUUGUUCCUCCAGCAGACAUCAGAGAGCGAAGCAACCAUCUCAUCAUGGCAUAGAGAAGACUGCAAACUGACUGUAUAUAACCCUGACCUGUGCCAAUUUAAAUAACUACUAUAGCCACUGGUCAAUACUGGAUACAAUUAAACUCCAACAAUCUGGAAAAUGUAGACAAGUAUGGAAGCUUGAACAUCUCAAAGGACGAGAGGUGGCAACGGAAAAACAGUUGAGCAAGUUAUGCUUUCUCAAUGGAAAGUUUCAUCUUUUUCCUCAGUCUCUCCAGACGUUUUAAUGUGGAAAAGAGAGAGAACCAGGGAUAUUUGUCCUUCUCCUGUUGUGAAAGAGAUCUGCUUUGUAGAUUCUCCUCUGUCAAGCCCUUUCCAUGGACUAAUGUCUGAAAUGAAACAAAACCGAGAAAUGGCAGCUGUAAACAAAGCUCCGUGUAGCUCUUGUGCCUUCUUCCCUCAGCUGCAUUCAGCAUGUGAUCUAUACUCGUAUUCCUGCCACUCGCUCACUGUGCGACUAAUACAAACAAAUCAUGACAAGAAAAACUACAACAAAAAAAAAAACAAAUUCCUUGAUUUCAGGAAGGAUAUUUAGCUUGGUUUUAUUGCAAAACUGAGCAUUGUACUUAUGUGUGAUUUAUAGCACUAUUUUAGCUACACUCAGUACUGUUUGUCACCACUUGAAUGAUCACGAAGUGAAGCUUUUGGAAAGCUUUAUAAGCCUUUGUAAGCUUUUAUUAUGUCCAUAAUGUAGAGUUCCUUAGGUGCACAUGAGUUACAGUAGGUGGAAAGUACAGUGAGGGCAUAUGUGUUGGAUGUGGGCCUCUUUCUGCUGGCUAGGACGAGCCCCCACUGAGCCAUUUAAUGAAAUGACUGUCUGUUAUAUGUACCAGACGGGUGCUCACAAGUGUUAGGUCAGAGUGUGUGGGAGUGUGUGAGCGUCGGGUGUGUCCCUUGCGUAUGCUCAUGUGUAUGUCUCUGUGUGUGUUUGGGUGAGGCCUUUCUAUGUGUGUGUGCCAGUGUGUCUUAAUGUCAUGUCUAUAUAUUUCAGUGUUUAUAGCCUCCAAGCGUGCCUCUCUCCAGCCAGAGAACAGGCACCUGCUCCAACAGACGCAUGUAACUUGAGACUGGAACACUGUGGGAAAAAAAAAUCUCCUACACAAAAAAAUCAUAUUGAGUACACGUAUUUUACUGAUACUAAUCAAAGUGAUUAUUCAUGUCACUGAGAAAUCCUGUGAUAUAUAUAUUAGCCAUCCAGACACUUAUACUUAAAAGCGAGACAGGGACUAGACCAGUGGAUAGGUAGAGUAGCUUUUCAGUGCCAAAGCACAAUUUAGCAAAACAGUGAAAAGGAAAAAAACAAAAACAUAUUAUUUUGGCACAUUGUAACUCCUUAAUAUGUCAUCAAGCCUUGUACUAUAACAAGGCUAACAGUGAGGCUGUGUAUUAUAAUAGACGAAAAUCAUUACGUUGAAUUCUAAAGGAAUAAUCAUGCUAAUAUGUUUGCAUGAUAUUAGUAAUUAACUGUUUUUAGCAAAAACUCAUAACACUGAAAACCACUGACUAAAAGCAUCACUCUAACUCAGUUUUAAGUCUCUGAGGCAGACUUUGAACUGAAGCUUAUAGGGAAACUCGUUCUUUCUACAUACAUGUCUUGAAAAUCUACUAUAUGCAGCAUCAGAAAAUGCUGCAUGCUGCCAUACAUUGUACAGUACCAUACUGUGUAUAUACAGUAUACAGUGUGUCUGAAGAAACACCCACUAUGACUUUGUGUCGAGACCUGUGUAAACGUAAAACAUGCUGCUUUAAAGAGGCAAAGCUUGGCAGAUGUCAUCCAAUAAAGUUGACAACUUGUGAAUAAAGUUUUAUUAAAAACAAAGCUCUCAAAGUAGAAAGCUUCAGUACCUUUUUAUUAAAAAUGCCUUUCAGUAUUUUUGUAAUGUCGUGAAAUUUUGUACAAUGAAACUGUAAGACGUGUCAAAGAUAAAGUGUCUUUAAUAAAACACAAAAGAUCAAGAGCAGUGUA